ACCAAAAAAAAAAAAAUAUGAAAAAAUGUAUUGAAAUGUAAAAAUAAUAAUUAAUUAAAAUGUUAGUAUAAAUAUCUUAGUAAAUGAUUAAUAAAUCGUUGAUAAGCCUGCAAAAAGUGCAAUUUUUGCUAUCGUGACAAUUUUUUUCUGCGGUUACUUCUUGCCGUUCGCUUUCCUCCAUCUUUUGCAAUAUUAAUUUUGUGAGUUUUGGUGUGUCUCCUCCUCCACUGUCGAGCUUUUCUUUUCAACACCAAGCUAAGAUAUGUUUGUGGGUUACUCCCUGUCUGUGCAAGAAUUUCAGCAUAAAAAGAAUUCAUGAUAAAAAGUUUAACAUUGUCGCUUCAAAGGAUAAAUCGUGUAUAACUACAAUAAAGUAAAUACCUACAACAGCAGUGAGUGAAAUCGAGUGAAUGGUGAAUUUUGUAACUAGACAAUAAAGAGUCGUCUAUCCAUCAAUUUUGUAAAACAAUCGUUGAUAAAAAGUGAAAAAUAAAUCUAACAAAUGUUCAAGAUUUUAUGACGCAUGUUUGUAACAACAUGCUUCUAAAACAACAACAACUAACCGUCCAUUUAAACAAAAGCAGUAGGAAUUUGUUUAACUCAGAACAAAGACCAACUCAAGCAGUUUUUAUAAACAAAAUAAAUUUAUAGUGAUUCCUUUACAGUUCGUUUUGUCGUAAGCAAUCGCCAUUUAAGCUCUAAAAGUAGAUAAUUUAGUGACGAUACCUACUUUUAAUUAAACAUAAAUUGAUUUUUAUAAACAAAACUUGCUUGAAAAUAAACGAUCAUUUUGUGUUUGUUGUUAAAAUUCUAUGGCAACAUUGAUACAUUAUGAAGACGAGGGUGGAGGCGGUGGCAGCGGCAGUGGAGAUGGUGGCGGUGGCGAUGACACCUCCAGUGUUACCAUAUGUGGCAGCAGCAGCAGUACCAUCAAUAGUCAUUGUUUUAACACGCAUCAUACACCAUCGCCAACUAUUUUAGCAUCGACUUCAGCGUCAUCUCCACACGAACAAUAUAACAUUAACAAUAAUAAUAACAAUACUACAACAACAAUAACAACAUCUACAUGUAACACUAACGGUUCUACGACCAACACUCAAUCAAUGGAUUAUAAAAAUACUGAUGAUGAUGUUGGUGCCGGCGAAGAUAUUGAAGAUGAGGAGCAGCCUCAUGGGUGUGGCAUUAUUAAAGAUCAUAACAAUAUAGACAACAACACAGCAUGUGUAGCAAACUCAGGUUUGGCUUUACAACACUAUCGCCAUCAACCGCAACAGCAACCGGAAACGCAAGCCAAGAAUUUAUUAUUAUGUCGCCGUUUUAAGGACUCUGGCGAUACAUUGCGCAACUUUACCUCUUUGCCCUUGUUCAUUUAUGCCACCUCGCCAUCAACACAUGCCACUUCGGCCGAUGGUGUGGGUGUCGCUCAAGUGGCCGUAAAAGCAGCCGAAGAAGCUGUUGCCAAUAUGAAAAAGAAUGAAACCCAUGAUUUGGUACGACGUAAUAGCAACAGUGCAACAACUCAACAACAGACGGGCAAAAGUAUCAGCGGUGUUGGUGGUGAUGGCCUAUUAUUAAGAAGAACAAUGGACUGUUUGCCCCUGACACAUGGUGUGGGUACACAUCAUCCUCAUCUAAUGGCUUCUAGUAAUACAGUGAAUGUCACUGUAGCACCAAGCUCAGCCGUUGUGGCGGCCUAUCCACAUCAUCAUCACCUGAACCUCAAUCAUCAUCAUUUGUUAAGUCAUCAUUUGCCGUACAGCAAUAACUACAGUGGUCUGCAUCAUACAUCGACGACGUCGACCAAUAUGAGUCACCAUCAUAAUCAUCCACAUUUGAAUAUACACAGUGAACAGACGAAAUCGUUGCAGGAGUUGCAGCAUGAAGUUGGGGCGCUGUUGGAAUUUCGUGAUUUAGUUAUAGAAACAUUUCCCGAUCUCAAGCAAAAAAUGGCUUCCAUAUCGUCGGCUGCGUCGACCUCAUCGUCGACGGGCGGCGCCGGUGGUGGUAGUGGAAAUGUUAUGACAAAUGGUCAAUCGUCGUCGGUGAGUGUGAGCAGCAGUGGCUCGAUAAUUCCUCUGACCAGCGGUGGUACGUUGGUGUCGCGACGCGAAUGGGAACCUGGCAUAAGGGUGAAGCGUAAGAUUUCUCAGAAGGAACAACCCGCCGCCAUAGAAUUAACAUCGUCGUCAUCGUUGACGAGAAGUCGCAGUAAUUCCCAUAGCGGCAAAAAAGAGCCAAAGAGUAGUAGCGGUGGUGGUGUUAGCGGCAGUGGUGUUAGUGGCGGUGCCACAAGUGGUGGUGAAAAUAAUAACGGUAGUGUAGUACAAGAUUCCGGAUUCUCCACGGAAACCAGUUCAUCCAAAGAGGGUCAUAGUGCCUCUUCAACAAAUGGUGCUUUAACGGGCGCCAUUGCAUCAAAUCGUUUAUCCUGUCCUGAAUCCGACGAUGAGUUGUUAAAUCUCCUAGAUGUUAUACACCGCAAGUCGAAUCGUUUACGAGAAGAAGUCGAACAUUUACAAAACUAUGAACGUCAACAUUUGCAACCAAGUUCGAGUGCGGAACGAGAUCAAACUGACGUAGCCACCACUUCCGCUGAAGGUGCAACUGGUCUUUCCAAGUCCAGCAGCAGUAGUGCCAAUACAGCUUUAACACCAAAAACCUUCCGUGAGCAUGUUGAACGUCUGAACAAAGAGGACCUGCAGCAAUUGCGUAAGGAACGCGAUCGCCUGCUGGAUAAAUUGGCGGAGAUGGAGGCUGAAACUUUGACGGGUCGCAUAAAAGCAGCCAAAAUGAGUGAAAAAGUUGAAGAGUUGAUAAAUGUGAAACGAGAUUUGGAGGAACAGCUAAAACUGGCCAUGGCACAAAGAUUAGAGUUAAACUCUAGAGUGCAACAGUUGCAGCAACAACAGCAGCUGACACACAGUAAAAGUUCCAACAGUCAAUCGGAUUUUUCUAGCAGUCCUCGUACAUUUCUUUCCUCCUCGGCUAAUACUGUUUUAUCUACGGUUAGUGCAAACUCAUCUAGACAACAUACAUUCCAACCUGUAGUUGUAGAACAGCAAACAACGGAUCAGCAGCAACAUAAUCAUUUAAUACCAUUCCAUCAAAGCACUGGCAGUGAUAAUAAACGUAAUUCUCAACUUCAGCAAUUCACGCCCGAUCAAUUGGGUCGCUUGGAUGGCAUUGUUAGCACGCCCGGAGAUCGGAAUACCAAGUGCCGGGUGACAGAUUCAAAACGUUUUGCCGCUAUACUCCUAGAGACUAGUGUCAUAGAAUUGCGAAGACAUUUAUUAACUUUAACUGUUAAGAAUCAGGUUUUAAUGCAAAAACUUGAUCAGGCUUCAAAAACAAAGGGUCAUUUAGUCAAACGUUUAGACAAAUCCAAAGAAGAUGUUGAUGAUUUAAGAUUUCAGCUUGAAGAAAAGAACAUAGAAUUAGAAGGUACUAAAGCCCAGCUACGUGUUUUAGAAUCUAGACUGCAUUCAAUAACACCCAGCAGCGGUGCUGCCACCAAUUCCUAUUUACACUCGCAAAAUGACUAUGAAACCAAUCGUUCUUCAGCCUCUACCACGCUAAUGCUAAGCAGACGUGGUGGUGCCGGCAGCGGCCUCAAUACCGAUUCUAGUGACAUACGCUCAUCCACGCCCAUAUCAGCCACACACAACGGCCAAAUGCCUCAGCCCAUAACCAUGCAAAUAUCGACACCCAGCAUGAAGGCCAUGACUCACUUGGCCAUGGAUGACAUGCAACAUCAUAGCAGCAGUACAGAGUCUGCUCACGAACAUGAUCUGGUACACCACGAUACCAUGACCAUAAGUCAAAUGCAGACUAAAUUGGAAAAUGGACGUAAUAUAAGACAAGCUCUAAUGAGUACUAGUGUGGACGGUGUGAGUCCCUUUGAACAGCAAUUGCAGCAGCAACAUGUGGCUGCUAUUAGAAAUCAGGUGCAAGCCCUAAAGAAAUUUAGUGGUGUGACAACUACGAAACCGAGUAAAAUUCCUUUGCCAGGCAGUAAAGCGGCGGCAUAUUUUGCAGGAAAACCACCUUCCGGCAGACCCUCCACAGCUGGUCGUUCACCACCCUCGGCAAAUUCUUCGGGUUCCUCCAGUAGAUCACCCCUGAGUAGAAGUACUGGCAAUCUAUUGUAUUCCAAAUCACCAAAUAGCCUGAAAAGAGCUGAUUCAGCACAAAGUAUACGCAAAGAUAAUAAUUCAUCUUCGCUUAGCACCAAUACCAGUCGUAGUUCCACCUCGUCGUCCAUACCAAUGGCAACAACAUCAUAUGGCUCAGCCUCGAAGUCAUAUGUUGGUGGUGCAGGUGGUGGAGGUGGUUCCAUUAACAAUACAACAAGCAAUAACACUUUAAAUAGUCCGUCCUCGAGAGUUUUGCAAAAUUCUCCAUUACCAAAACCAAAACGUGAAUCGUUGUCAACAAAAGUCAGACAUAUGGAUUCCUUAUCACGUGCUUAUCACCAUCAACAACAACAUAACAAUACCAAUACGACGCAUAACUAUUCCAAUGUUAGUAACACUAGUGAUAAUACACCCACGACAAUUGUGCAAACAAACACAUUAUCCACAACUGCCACUACACCCGGUGGCGGCACUGGUGCCGGUAGUUAUUUGAUCAGUAGCACGCCAAAAACAUCAACUAUAGCAGCUCAACUUACCUCUUCAUUACGUAAAGAUUUACAAUUAAGUUCCAGUAGUUUUAAUCAUCCAGCGCCAUUUCAACGAAGAGCUACCGCCUCCUCGGCGGGCCAAACAAAUGCCAAUACAAACACCAUUAGCACCACCACACACACCACUAGACGUUUCAGCAGUGCUUCAGUAAUGGGGGCCCGUGCUGCGCGACAGGCUAACCAGGAUUACGAGGGUCAACACAACAGCAAUGUAAGUGGCAACAGUGUGGCAGCCGGUGUGACCAGUUCUUCUUCAUCGACGCACAGUGGUGGCGUCAACAAUGGUGGCACUGCCAGUGAUAGCGAUAGUGGCAAGAAUUUUUCAUAUGACAAAAAUUGCGCAAAUAAUGCAAAGGAAAUGAAAUCGGGCCUUAACCAAUACUUUGAAGAAGUUCUUCCAACUAUCACAGUGACACUACCCAAAACUAACAAUAAACUUAAGGUGGCCAAGACUAACAGCAACAAAAUCACCUUGAGUCAAUACUUUGAAAGAGAAUUGUUAGAAGAGACAACUGCGGCUGAACGCAUGCAGGAAAUGAGCGAGCUGCAAGACUCCAUUGAUGGCACUUAUGUCGAAGAGACCAAUAAUGAUGAUGAAGAAAUCGACAUCUAUACUUCAUAUGCCUCUUAUAUGAGUUCCUCUGAUCCGGGCAGUGACAAUUUAUUAGUAACAUUCGACUAUGGUUAUCAAGAUUCAUUGGAAGCUGAUCUUUCUUUGAACUCUCAAAAGCUUGAAAUUCUUGAUAGUAAUGAGCAAUUGAAUAAGAAUCUUUUUAAAAUACCCGAAGAGGAAAGUUCAGAAGAUUUAUUGAAACCAAAACAUGCUGAAAUGUAUUCAAAAUCACCAAAUAUUUUCAAAGUACAUCAAGUAAAACACGCAGAAAGUAAUAGUAGUAACCUAAAUAUUACCACCAGGGCCAGUAGUUACAUUUCUAUGGCACCAUCAAUGGUCGAAUACAAUGCUGAUACAUCUGGUGACUAUGGCUCUUGGGCUCAAUGCGAAUCUGAACAGGAAGAAGGGAAUAUCGAUGAGAAAACUUAUGGCAAUUAUCGUUAUGAGGAUUUAAUUAAGAAUGAAGUUCUCAUCCAUGAUGACGAUGUUGACAAUGAUAAUAUUAUUAAUGAUGGAAUGGAGGGAAGAGAGGUUCUAAUUAAUUUCGAUUUCGAUGAAGAUGUACCACCACGCUGGUUUAAUAAUAAUGAACAAUUGUAUUAUAGAAGUGUAGAUUAUUUAAAUUAAUAAUGUCAAGUAGUAAUUUAUGUUAUUUUUUAUAUUUAAAUUUUUACAAGACAUUUUUUUUAAGAAAACAUGACCAAGUUUCACUUGUCAUUUAAUCUAGUUCUAGUACUGGUCAGAUUUGGUAAACAGAAAUAAAAUGUUGCGUAGUUGGGCACCAACUUGUAAAUUCAAAACAAAAUUAGCAAAUCUAACUUAAUCUAGUUCUAGUUAUAUUACAGAAAUUUUCAUUUAAAGUUCAACAAGACAUUUUUGAAAUAGCAAUGGAUAUAUUUUUAAUACAAUUGAAAAAUGCUGAAAUAUAACUGGAAAUUGUAUAGUACUGGAACAGAACUAUUAUAACAUGCAUUUAUUGUUUCACUGUUGACUUUAAGAUAUUAAUUU